AUGGCAGGUGUUGUCCACCGCCACCACCACUUUGCCAGGAGAGGAUACCAUCAAAGGGUGUAUGUUGAGCGUACCAAACCACUGGAGCAAUACACCACUGAGGAGCUGUAUGCCCGGUUUCGCUUUGGGAAGGCUGAUAUCGAGUACCUUAUGAACCUUCUCCGGCCAAAACUACAACACAGAACCCAAAGGAGUCACGGUCUGUCUGUGGAAGACCAGGUCCUCAUCGCUCUCCGAUUUUAUGCAUGUGGGACUUUCUACCAAGUUGUUGGUGACUAUAUGGGAGUGGCGAAAUCAGCUGUCUGUGAUGUGGUGAAAGAUGUGUCAAUCGCACUGGCCAGCCUGGUCAGUGAAUUUGUUUCUUUUCCAAAGGACAACCAGAUUGCCCAGGCCAAGCGCAGCUUUUUUCUUUUGGGGAAUAUGCCCAAUACUAUUGGAGCAAUCGACUGCACGCAUGUGCAUAUACAAGCACCUCGUGAGAAUGAAUGGGAGUUCAUAAACAGAAAGGGGAGGCACAGCAUCAAUGUCCAACUUGUGUGUGAUGCUGACCUCAUCAUCACCAACUGCGAUGUCAAGUGGCCUGGGUCUGUCCAUGAUGCACGCAUCCUGAGGGAGAGAGCUCUAUAUAGAGACCUCAAAACCAACAGACCAGAUGGCAUAAUAUUAGGAGACAGUGCCUACCCACUCCUACCAUGGCUGAUGACCCCUUUUCUGACAGCAAAUACACCGGCGCAGGCACGCUUCAACACCGCUCAUUGCAGAGCAAGAUGUGCAAUUGAGCGUUUAAAUGGAGUUCUUAAGAGGCGCUUUGCAUGCCUUAACUACCUGAGAGCGGAACCACAGAAAGCAUGCAACAAAACCCUUGCCUGUAUUGUCCUGCACAACAUCACUGCCAAAUGCAAUGUCCCUCUCUGUGGUGACAAUGAUGCACCUGAGCCCCUUGGAGACCCUGACCAACCUCCUGCAUUCUGCCAGAACGAGCAACAAGGGACGCAAUAG